AUGACUUCAACAGCAGCGACUACAGUACGAGCUACUCGUAAGGGUGGUGAAAGAAAAUCGAAAUCGGCUCGUGCAGGUGUACUAUUUUCCGUACCACGUUUUCAUCGUUAUAUUAAAAAAUCAACACCAAAAAGCCGUGUAACCAUGGCUGCUGCGGUUUAUACAGCUGCUGUAAUCGAAUAUUUAACAGCUGAAGUUCUUGAACUGUCGGGUAAUGCAGCUAAAGAUCAUAAAAAACAACGUAUCAAUGCAAGACAUAUCUUUUUGGCUGUUAGUAUCGAUGAAGAACUUAAAAAACUCCUUCAUGGUGUCACUAUUCCGCAAGGUGGUGUAUUGCCACAUAUAAAUGCAUUCUUAUUCAACAGUAAAUCAAACAGUACUGAUCAAAGUCAACCAACACAAAAUACGUCGCGUUCGAGCACUGCAGCAGUGGCUAAAGUGCCUUCAGCUCUAACAAAAGCAAGCUCAUCCUCGGCAAUAAAUUUAAAGAAAACAACAUCCACCACUGCUGGAAAUACAGCUGGUUCAGCCUGA